GUGCCAUAUCAACUAUCCUGUGGUGGCUAGAGUUAAGCACCUAAGAACUAAUAUGGUCAGUUUGAGACAGACAUCCUGACUUUGAAGGAUGCCAAACUUUGGAGGGGGCACCAAGUGUGCUGCCUGUGAGAAGACGGUGUACCACGCUGAGGAGAUCCAGUGCAAUGGAAGGAGUUUCCACAAAACCUGUUUCAUUUGUAUGGCCUGCAGGAAAGGCCUAGACAGCACCACGGUGGCAGCGCACGAAUCGGAGAUCUACUGCAAGUCAUGCUACGGCAAGAAGUAUGGGCCAAAAGGCUACGGAUACGGCCAGGGAGCUGGAGCGUUAAGCUCCGAUCCCGUCGACCCAAGCCUGAGAAACCACUCUCAAAGCACUCAGCCAUCGUCCACCAGCUCUCCAAAGUCCAGCAAGUUUGCCCAAAAAUUUGGCAGCACUGACCGCUGUCCUCGAUGCUCGAAAGCUGUUUAUGCUGCAGAAAAGGUUAUGAGUGCUGGAAAGCCUUGGCACAAGACCUGCUUCCGCUGCGCCAAGUGUGGCAAGAGCCUGGAGUCUACAAACGUCACAGACAACGAUGGAGAACUGUACUGCAAAGCGUGCUAUGCAAAAAACUUUGGCCCAAAAGGAUUGAGGGGGAGUGUGGCAGUCGCAGAGGAACCGUACUGAGAGUCUCCUUUUCUCCAUGUUUGCAAAUGUAAGAUGCCAAUGUGUUUAUGUAUCGAAGAAGACCAUUUUGAAUGACAGUGCCAAAUAAAACAAGG